CAGCAUGGCGUGUGAAAGCUGCUUCUGAAGCGCAAUCUUGGGAAGAGCGCCUUGGUAACCAUGCCCAAUGCGUUUGUGUGGCCGAAAACUACCAAAAGUAUUGGUGAAUCUCGACAAAGGCCUGGUUGGGUAUAUCAGCCUGGACCACGUGUCUGGAACCGGAGGUUCAAAUAUAUGUAUAGAUUCGGUAUCUUCCGGACACUGAUCUGAUGGAACUCUCAGAUGCACAGAAACUUCACAAUCACAGCUUAUACACUGAAUCAGACGGCGUAAAAACCGUUAGCCUGGAUACAGCGCCGGAACCCCACCAGCGCGAGUUCAGCCCCCGUGGACCCACGAUGGAAAAACGCAGUUGGUUUUCAGCUAUGGGGCCAGCCUACCGCCACAUUCGCUUGCGGCUGAGGAAUAAGCAAGUCGUGGGCUUCAACAGGAACGCGAGUACGAAAAAGACGAUGGCGCGAUAUUGA